GGUUUCAAGAAAUAUUCACCAGUCUCAUUCGGAUUGAGGACACCCAAAAAACCCUAAUGGGCAUGGUGGUUGGUCUAAGCAACACCAAAUCUGCUGUUAAUGCGCCGGUGGAAGCUUUAAAAUUCAGCACAACAGCAAACGAGCUGGAUAGUCACCUGACUUAUUGGCUCAACCUAAAUGAUUGUGAACGUCAGUCCUUGAUUGCAUCUUUGUCCAAUGUCACACUUGCAUCACAAAAUCUCUCUGGCAAGCUUUCUAAUAUGUUGUUGUCCCUGGCACCCAGCUCAGUUUGGUCUUUAUAUAGCCGGGAUGGAAAAAGAGGGAAAAGGAGUAUUAGCCCAAGUAUUCUUCCUAUCAUAAUAGAUUCUCUGCAGCUAAGAUCGCAAAAACGCAUUAACGCCCAUAAGGUGGCAGAGGCGCUCGGGGAUCAAUUAAAACGAAUGCCAAUGCAUGCAAAAUGCGCAGCAGUCAAGGCAGAAGCCAGACUAAUAGGCACACCUAGACGGGCACCAAAGAAGGCUAAUAUUGCACCUGAAUCUAUUGGGAAUGAUAAUUCUGACAAUAACGCCUUUGAUGAUAUUUGCAACGAUGAUAUUUCGUUUACCAAAGACAGUGAUUAGAUGAAAAAUGUACACAGAUUA